CAUGUUGGUGAGACCUCUUUGGAGGUUAUAGCUUUGUAUAUGUAUAGGCACUACAAGUUUGUCGUGGAGUCAUGCUCAUAUAGCUAUAAGUGUCAUUCGCCUUUUCGCAACACGUAGACGCAUGUGAUACGGAACAUUUAUAUAUAAGGGUGAGAUCCUCUAGUAUGAUGAAGAGUUAUUGCGCGGAGUGAUUUUUCUUCUUUAUCGAUGGAAGAUUUUGUAGAUACGAGAUGAGCAGCGAUAAAGCAGAUCCACCACGUCUGGUAAGAUGGCGACGUCCCCCGGGUCCAGUCAACGUCUGGAGGAUCGUCGACGGAGAGGAAACACUCGACGACGGCUCAAAGCGGCCCGUCAGGCUGUCCAUUCAAGAGGUGCCCGAGGAGAGGCGAGAAGAGGCGCUGCAGCUCAUGAUCAAACACUUUCUCGCCGACGAGCCGAUUUGCAAGUGUUACGGUGUCAAAGAUGAUCCAAAAUAUACUCACGAUUUCGUUCUUCUUUGGAAAUACGUAAUGGAGAACCACAGGAUCGUUGAAGCUGCUUACAAAAUCGAUUCUGACGGACGAAUAUCUGACCUAGCCGCAGUUAACGUGUUGUAUGUCGAAUGGGAGGGAACUGAUGCCGAACUAGAACUACUUACGAAAAAAAUGCAGUCCGAUAAAUUCAUGAGGACCUUAAACGCCAUGUUAGAAUUGUCGCAUAAAGCGGAUGCGCGCAAAAUAUUCGGAGUGGACAAAUACCUGUCUGCAUUGGGACUGUGCGUUGCGCCUCGUUUUCGAGGAAAAAAAUUGGGCUUGAGAAUGCUCGAAGCUCGGAACGAAAUAGGUCAAAAAUAUGAAAUUCCGGUAUCUUCGACAAUAUUCACAGCAACGGCUUCUCAAAUUUUAGCAGAGCGAGCUGGAUACAAAGUGGAGUACGCUCAGGAUUACGCAGAUUUUAAAGCGGAGGACGGUACAGCUUUGUUUCCAAAUAUUGAAACGAAGGAAAUAAAAGUCAUGAUGAAAGCUCUUUAUUGAACGUUUGAUAUUUUACAAAAGAAAUGAGACCCCGAGCAAGUUGUUAUAUUUUUAAAAACAAUUCAUACGACGCAAACAUUGUGUACAUUAUAAAUCAUUGUAAAAUAUAUUGAUAAAGUAUUAAUAAACGUCUGUAUAUAUUUGUUUUA